ACAGCCAGGACGAGGAUUUGGGCACCGGGGGACGUCGGACAUCCUGGAGCAGCCUAAGAGCACGCACAUUUGCACGCAGCAGCCCUGCAGCCUAACACGUCUCCUCUCUCCUGCUCCAGCUGUGCUGUCCCAGCCCGUACCGCAGCCCGUGACAUGCCUGGGAAGGACCUGGGGCUGGGCAUGGCUGCCUGCAACUCAGACAGCUGUGACAGCAUGGUCAGCACAACCUCCAACCACUCGCAGCGGAGCGAUAACAGCUAUGACUAUUUAUCUGUGGAAGAGAAGGAGUGCUUGAUGUUCUUAGAAGAAACCAUUGGCUCGCUGGAUGCAGGAGCAGAUAGUGGAGUUUCCACUGAUGAGACUGACUAUGCAGAGGCCUCCCGGCUGCCCAGGGCACGGCUGAAGAGAGACUCUGCUCCCCAGGAUCUGGAGAACAGGGCUCCUCCUGGAAGCACAGCUCAGCAGCAUGCAGCCGACCAGAAGGGCACCGAGGGCUCCUCCAGCUUUCCAAGCUCAGCUCCAGCAACGGCACCAAACCCAGGCUACCACAGCCUUCCGAGGAACAUCACUGCAGCAAAUGCACACCUUGCAAACAGAGCUGAUGGCAAAACAGACACACACACCAUGCAGGAUCCGGUGCUACCGGGUAAAUCUCCACAGGAGUUGGGCAAGGAGGGCAGACUUAGCCAAGCUAACAUGAGAAGAGAGGUGAGAUCCCUGAUCAUCCCACCUCCAGCUCCCUUCCAGGACAACCAGGAAAGCCGUGCAGAGCAGCCACAAAGCAAUAGCUCAGAUGCCAGAAAAGAAAACACAGAGGAGAGCUGGACACAGCCCCGUCCAGCCCUGGGGAUGGUGGCUGUGCCCGGUCCCACAGCACUGCCACACCGAGAGAUAGGCCGGGAGAGUGCAGUGCUUCCUCAGGGCCAACAGGAGCACCCAGCAGCACAGGAGGUCCCACAGGACCCCAACACCAAGCGUGGGCCUCCCACAGCCCCCAAACCACGGAAACUUCCACCAAACAUUAUCCUGAGAACCAGCAAACCCAGCUCAGUGCCGCUUGGUGCGGAGCCUGGGCACAAGGUGAAGGUACCACCGCCAUCACCCGCCGGCUCUGCUGGAGACACUGCUGCAGAAAAGCAGAAUUCAGGGCAGCUCGACCCCAAGGAGAGGGAGAAGGCCCGGCGGGAGGCCCUGGAGAAGCUGGGGCUGCCGCAGGACCUGCAGGAGCCCUGCGCCCGGCCCGGCCCUGUGCCACCUCCCUGCGACCAGGCCCGGGCAGCACCGAGCACAGCCCCAGCGGGUCGGGCCAUGAACUUCAAAUCCAACACCCUGGAGCGCUCCGGCGUGGGGCUGGGCAGCUGCAUGGCCAAGGAGCCGGGCGUCAAGGGCAGCGGCUCGCUGGGCAAGAUGUCCUUCAUCGAGCGGCUGGCACCCAGCUUCCUGCGCAGCAGCAGGCCGCGGCCCGCGUCCCUCGGGGCGGGGAAGGACUUUGCUGCACUGAAAGAGCCCAUUGAGGUGGAGAAGAGCAGCAAGAGAAGGUCGAGCCCACUGCCCAGCUUCCCCCAGCCGCCCCGCUCCUGCGUCAGCGUGAAGAUCUCCCCCAAGGGCUCGACGGAGGAGCACCGGCGUGAGGCCCUGAGGAAGCUCGGCCUGCUGAAGGAGUAGCGCCGGGCGAGCGCGAGAUGCACAGCCUGCAUCCCUGCGUGGCUCUGCUGGAUGAGCAUCUGCUGCUGGGACAGCUCGGGGGGCAAACACGGGGCCUGCAGCUCCUGGAGUCGCUCAGGGCAUCGUGCCUAAUAAAGUAGUGCCACUUGUGUAGGAUGUUUUGUA